AUGUCAAAUAAAUCAGAUCAACUUACUAUUUUGCGUAUUAAACGUAAAAGAACAGAAGAACCUUUGGAAGCACUGUUUUCUGCUACUGCACUUCCUACUAUCUUUCGUUUGGCCGAGACGGUCGAACAAAAAAGUUUCUCUAAUCUGGAUGAAGCAAAGAAACUAAGAGAUCGUAUUUCUCGACGUAUUCAACCGGGCACAAGUAGACCACAAACACCUACCUCUAUUGAAGACAGAAAGAAUAAACGAGUACAAGAACAAAAGUGUACAGAGUUCAUCAGAAAAAGCAGCCAAAGAUCUGUUUAA